AUUCAUCCUCCUGAUUAUCUUCAAUUGAGAGUAUUUGGUUCUUUAUGUUAUGCUUCUACUUUGACUUCUAGCAGAAAUAAGUUUGAUCAUAGGGCAAGGAAGUCUCUCUUUCUUGAUUUGAAAGAUGGUACAAAAGGUUUUUUACUUAUGGAUUUGCAUAACAGAGAAAUUUUCAUCUUAAGAAAUGUGAUUUUUCAAGAAAAUAUUUUUCCCAAUGUUGCACAUCAGAUCUCAUCCUAUCCUCAACCAACAGAUCUUUCUUACAUGGAUUAUUCACCUACUUCACCUACAUUAGACUUUUCUUCACCUACUCCUUCAUCUCAAUCUAUCUUACCUUCAUCUGCUCAUUCUUCUCAACCUACCAGAAUGUCUACUAGAUCAAGGAGACCUCCAACUUACUUGCAAGACUAUCAUUGUAGUCUCAUGUCAUCUGCUGAUACCAAUCAUCUCUCCAAAGGGUCUUAUCAAGCUUAUGCCAGUUCCUUCCGAGGCUCAGCUAGCAGAUAUUCAUACUAAGCCUUUAGGUGUUACUUCCUUUUGUGCUAUUUUGCUCAAGCUAGGAAUGAUCAACAUUCAUUCUCCAGCUUGCGGGGGUUUUACCACAGAAAAAUGAUCAUGGCUGAAUCAAUCAGAAGUGUGAACGAGCAAAUGUAACUUAUUUUUGUUAGUUUGUUAUAAUUUUGUUUGUUGGCUAGCUGAGUCAGCUAGGUAGUUACUUAGUUCUUCUUUUCUUGCUAGUUUCUUUAGUUAGCAGAUUUCUUGUAUAUAAAAGGAAUAGUGUACACCACUUUAUACGAAAAAUCAAUGAAUCAGUUUU